UGGGUGUAAACUCUGAAUCCAGGCGGGAGAUCAGAUCAGCUCAGAGUGUGUUUGGGAGCCAAAGCUGGAGUCCCACAAAGUUCUUCUGCUUGGAUCAGCGCUCCUUCAGAGCAGAAAGGACCGGCACAGCACGUCGUUUCGGAUUUAUUUGGACAUGUUUUUUGUUGUUUGUUUUGGGACAAACUGUUUUACACCCAUGAAUGAUGUUGACGCCGCAUUUCGGAGGUUUUCUGUCUCUGAAGUUUUUGCAGACCAUCUCGUCUUGUUUCACUGCCUCCAGUGUUUACAUCCAAGCCGGGUUUAAAUGCAGGAGAUACUGUAAGGCGUUGUUUUGGAGCGGCUGGCUGUAGCGCGACUUGGAGCAGAGAUGCGUAACGCGCAGAGCGAACUGGGUCUCCACUCCGAAUAGGCAGCGCGCAGGACCCGAGAAUGUCUAAGCCGGAGGUGAAGAAGGAGUCCGGGGAUUCCAGCCCGUUGGAAGCCGCCUGCCUCUGCUCUCCUCCUGCGGCCAAGAACCAGUGCGCCAGCUGCGGGAUGGAGAUCCAUGACCGCUACCUGCUGAAGGUGAACAACCUGAACUGGCAUUUAGGCUGUUUGGAGUGCUCGGUGUGCAGAGCGUCUCUGCGCCAACACAGCAGCUGCUACGUUAAAAACAAAGAGAUCUUCUGCAAACUGGAUUAUUUCAGUAGGUUCGGCACCAAGUGCGCCCAGUGUGGCCGGCAGGUGUACGCCAGCGACUGGGUGCGGCGGGCCCGGGGCAGCGUGUAUCACCUGGCCUGCUUCGCCUGCUUCUCCUGCAAGAGGCAGCUGUCGACCGGGGAGGAGUUCGGCCUGGUGGAGGGCCGGGUGCUCUGCCGCAGCCACUACGACAUCAUGCUGGAGAACCUCCGCAGGGCUGCAGAGAACGGCACAGGUCUGACUCUGGAGGGAGCGCUGCCCUCGGAUCAGGACUGCCAACCCAAACCAGCCAAGAGGGCACGGACCUCGUUCACGGCCGAGCAGCUGCAGGUUAUGCAGACUCAGUUUGCUCAGGACAACAACCCCGAUGCUCAGACGCUGCAGAAACUGGCAGAAAUGACGGGACUGAGCAGAAGAGUCAUACAGGUUUGGUUUCAGAACUGCCGUGCCCGGCACAAAAAGCAGCCGCCUCAGAGCAGCUUCCCUCAGAGCGCUCCGCUGUCCAGGAUGCCGCCGUCACUUCCAGAGGAUCUCCACUAUUCCUCGUUCAGCAGCCCAGACCGACCUCACCUCCUCGCUCUGCACGGAUACCUGGACGCUCACCCCUUCUCAGUCCUCGCCACGCCGGGCCACUUGACUCACCCGUCCAUCUCUCUGCCGCAGCUCCCCAUCAGCCGCUGACCUGCAGCAGCCACUCGUCCGCCGUCGCCACUCUGAUGAUGUUGUGAAAUGUUAUUCCUGCCGGCAAAUCCUCAGGCAGAGCGCGCAGGGGGGGACCCUCUAAUUUCGUUGUCAGACUGUUGAGCCGAACUGUGGCGACGCCUUCAAGCAAACAUUGGAGUUAUUUUUUAUUUUUUAUCUUUAUUCCAAAUGAAGCACAGAAGACUUUUUUUCCCCCCAGGACAUAAACAUUCACUUUCUUCCUGUUCGUAUUCGUGGUUUGCUGUGGCAAGAGCAGAGGAGCGUUGUAGCAGUACGGCAGAGAGACCUCAGCUUUUUAUUUCCCAUCGAGCACAUUUUUUGCAGCUUUAAUGUUGUUUGUUGUUGUGUCGUUGUCAGAAAAUGGGAACUCUUAUUUAUUCAGACCUAAACAUCUUGUUUUUUCGAAGCACUUUUAAACGUGUCUUUACAUGGAAAAAAUUCAGUGUUUGUACAUUGUAAAUAAAUGACAUCAGAUCUGUCAUCAGCUUUAUUUGAGGAGCCACAUAAGGAGAGCGUUUUUUUUUUUUUUUCCCUGUGCAUCAUGUGCGAUGCAGGUAAUGUAGAAAGCAUGGGGAAUAUAGAGUCAGAUUGUACCAGGGACCCCCUUUUAAAACCUGCUGGGAAUAAAUCUAAAGGCCAAGUUCCUGCAGAAACCUGUCAUUGAGAGCAAUAACCUCACUAUCCAAUUUUAUAACCCUCCACUUACGGGAAAUACGACCAUUCCUGCUGUGAAAAUGAUGAAGUACAAUUCAGUUAAAGUGUGUCCAUCGAUUUGGGUUUCUUUCAGGCCUUCGUGAGCUCCUUUAGGAUGUAUUAUCUACCGCUGUUGCAUUGAUCUAGAGCACUUAAGAGGCUGGGAUGUGAAGAAGUAAAGAGUUAAAGGAUAUUAUUUGGUUUGUUAUUUUCCAAGAUGAAGCAAUAUGUCUCUUUUACCUCUGAAAGCCUGGGGAAAAAAAGGGCAAAGACGGGAGCAAUUUCAAUAAAUGCGCCCUAUUUAAAUAA